CAUCGCCGCCGCUGCGCAGGAGGACGGGAGGUCCAGGUGCACCGCUGCUGAGAUUGAAAGACAGGGGAAGUUUUUUUAAUCUAAAAGCGAUGAACCCUCAGUUGACGACCUGAUUUUGUCGACAAGUGUUCAUCCUUCAAACAAAGAUCGCCAUCGUUUGUUUUUUUUUGAUCGGUGAUGGGAUUCCUGUAGGAGCGACCUGCCGCCUAACGUUAACCUCAAGGUAAACGGACAGUAUGCAACUUGGAAAAGAACAGAUCUUCAAAACAGGAUGGACACUAAAGCUGGGAUGUUUUGCAAGUUUGUAAAUUGCCUAUUCUGAGCACUCGCUAGAUUUUGGAAGAUACACUUUGCAUAGUUAGAGGAUUUUAUUACACAGCCGUGGUUUUUGACAUAUGGCUACUCCAGGAAAAGUAAUGGAGACAGAAAAAAGAGAGGAUGUUUCACAUAAACCUACAGCGAAUAAAAAGGCAGAGACGGAGGAGGAUGUGACCUCUGGCCACACCUGUGGGGUGUGUGGACGCAGCUUUCCUCUUCUCAGCUCUCUAUCGCAGCACAUGAGAAGACACACACGGGAGAAGCCGUACAAGUGUCCGUACUGUGAGCACAGGACGGCUCAGAAGGGCAGCCUGAAGGCCCACAUCCGAAGCCAUAAACUUGGCCUGUUCAGCCAUAAACUCACUGUUGAAAAAGAGGGGGAUGGAGAUCAGGCGCAGAAAGUGAACGCAGAGACACCCGAUCCUCCUAAGAUUAUCAGCACAUCAGACAAAGCUGUCAAUGGCAAAGUAAAGAAAAAAGGAACCAAGAAAAAAGUAAAGGCUAAGAAUGGCGUUGAGGUUGCUGAUGGGGAUGAUGACGGGUCCUGUACCUGCACCAUCUGUGGCCAGUCUUUCCCUCAGAUACUACUCCUUAAAUCCCACAUGAAAAGGCACCGCAGUGCUCAGGAUCACGGUUGCCGGAUUUGUGGACGCCGUUUCCGCCAAGCAUGGUUCCUCCAAAGUCACAUGCGCAUUCACCGGGUCAAAGCCCAGCUAAGUGGCGGGAAAAGCAACGAGCUACCUGCCACCAUCAAUGGAGUUCCUCAGGACCAAGCGUUGCUGGCAAAUGAAGAGUGCCUCUAUGAGCUCUGUGCAGGCUGUGGUAACUUCUUCUUUGACCGCAAGACAUUACGAACACAUGAAAAGCUACAUAAGCCGAACCACAUCCGCACUCAGACACAAAAUCCGCCACAGGAAAAAAUUGAAACCUCCGAGCUGGACACUGCUAAGAGGCAUUUUAUGGAAAGCCUGAACCUCACAUGUGCAGGACCAAAGGAAACGUCUGAGGAAAAGAGCCUGGGCGGGCGACUUCCUGAGCUGGAUCCAGUUUGUAGUUACCAAGCGUGGCAGUUGGCCACAAGGGGACGACUUGUGGAGUCCACGGAGAAAUGUCUGGGAUGGCAGGAGAGGCUUGCAGAUGCUGAGGUGGCAUAUGACACAGAAAAAGGAGAGUAUGUACCACGGAAACAAGAGAAGAAAAGGAAGCAAAUUGACAACUCCAGCACCAACAUUAAGAAGAUAAGAGGGGAGACAGGCGUUGAUCACAGAUCAAACAGCUUGGCUCACACUAAAGGUGGUGACAAGAGGAUUUUGCAGAAAGACCGCAUUCUGUUGAACGGACUGGGUCACGCGUUUUAUGAGGCGUUGCAGACCAAGAAAGUAAAAGAUGUUCACCUCACAAAUAAACAGACCAACAGCACCAGGAACCAAAACCAUGAGGAUAAGAAAACAUAUUUCUGCGAGCACUGUGAUUUCCACACUUCCGACACCUCACUCCUCAGGUCUCACGUGCACAUGCAGCACCAGGACUUCCUGGGUCCCUACAGCAAACACAGCACCAUUUUGGACAACGUUACCCAGAGUGGUUCCAAAGCCUCAAGAUACAUGGACUACCUCAGAAACAGGAGUGUGCUGCUCAGUCAGCCAUAUUGGAACCCUUACACAUGUCCGCCCGCCCCGGUGUCAGCAGAGUCCAAUAUUAAGACAGAAAAAUCUAACAGUACUGAAGUCAAAGGACAGGGACAUGCCUCUAAUGAUGCCGAAAGUCUCCUUAAUCUGUCUUCAUUACCUAUAAGUGAAGGGGCAGGUAUCGUAGAUUAUCCGAUAAAGACGGAGGGCCUGGUGAGACAUCAGUGCCCGUACUGCUCACACACCACCAAUUACCCAGAAGUACUGUGGAUCCACCAGCGGGUUGCACACAGGGUGGAUAACAGCAGCUCCAUGGCACCCAAGUGGGCACCCUGCAGUAACAGCCCCAAGAGUUUAAAGACAGGCACUUCCCAGUGGAGACGCACAGGGGCUCCACCGUUCCUCGAAGGCAAGGACUGCCCUGCUUUACCUGCUCCAAGAACUCAGCGCACACAACCUCCAGGUUUCACAGCCAACAGCAGCAGCAGCAGCAGCAGCAGCAGCAGCAAGCAAUCAGCACCCAAAACCCAAUCAGCCGUCCCAAAGUCCAAGCAUCAGUCUAAGGACUCUGCAAAUGGGACACAGUCUAGUGGGAAGACAGGACUCUUACCUCAAAAGAAGUCAGGAGAACAUAAGCGGGCAGAGAAGGGGGGAAGUAAAAGUUCCAGCAGCCAAGCGACUUCAUCCAGCAGCAAGAGUGCCCCGAGUGUCCAUCCCACCAGCAGCCCCAAACACAGAAGCCACAGAGCAGCUGCGGAAGGAAACUUCCCACAGGAGGGUCUGGGUUUCAUGUUGGCAAGAAAUCAUGGUGGGACUUCAUCCAAUGCAGAGCGACCCCAUCCUCGAAGGCAGUCAUGUGACUCGUCUUCAGGUCCAAAGGGUCAGGAUCUGUGGGCUGCCAUGAACAUGUGGGGUCACAAAGCUUAUUUAGAACCUCUCCGUUAUGCUCAGGUAAAGAAUGAAUCAACAGGAGAAAGGCCAAUGGACAUUGAUAUUUUGAGUCUUCUGAAAAACUACAGUCCCCACGAUCUGGCUGCUCUUUACCAGCACUGGGGGUUUGUUGACCCCAGGAUCGAUCCCCAAGCAAUGAUGCAGUUAAAUGGAAAUUAUGGAAAAGAAGUCCACUCCACAUCUGAAGCUCCCAAACAAGUGAACAGCCGCUCCACUUCCUCCUCAGGGUCUCUCCAUAAAGGAACGUGAAGAUCCAUCGUGUUCCUGUCGGCUCCCAGCCUGCACGAUGCUGCUGAACAAAGAGGCCUGCUGUUCUUUAGAGGAACCAGCCAUAACUCCUAAAAGGACAGAUGCACUGGAUAAUGCACAAUAUAUGCAAAACAAUGAAGUGGACUAUCAUUUUGUAAUACGGUUGUUUGAUUUGAAGUGUUACGCAUGUUUCUUUUGUUAAGAGUGUACAUAUGUUAGUUACCAAAACACACAUGAAGAUAUGUUCUAUGAAAAUGAGGAACUGUUACAGCUUUGUGUAAAUUAAACACUGUGAAGCUGCACUUGUUAAAAGGUAAAGAGGACAUUAUAUUGGCUAAAGAACCACAGAUAUCUGCUGGGAUAAAAACAAUGAAAACACCAAAUGUUAAAUACCAGGGUGCCACUUUAACAAUCAAAAGAACUUUAAACAUGUGAGCUGUGACCUGAACAUUUUACUGUACAUCACUUUUACCUCUCUUUAUAUGUUUGCGUUUUUUCAAAGGAGUGUGUAAAAUGUCUGUUUUUGGUUUAGAGUUAGCUCUGUAUUUGUCUCAACUUUCAGAAUAUACAGCGGGGCACGUCAAUGAAAUCUUAUGUCACUUCUUCAAUCCACUUCCUGAUCUGAGAGUGGACAGUUGUCAUGCAUUAAUAUGCUAUGUAAAGGUAUAUUGCUGGUCAAAUCUGAGUCAUUAUCCCACUGUAAGGCACUAUUUGGUGCUUUUAUUAGAGCUAAAUCAGGCUUUAGCAUCAUUAGCUGAACACCCAACACACAAUGACCACAAGUUAAACAGUUUUACAGCUGCAGAUUAUAACACUUAAACAAAACCAACAAAAACAAGGGUCUUGACCCCUUGUGUUUCAAAUUCGUGACGGACGGCAGGGUCGAUAUCAAUCACCAUACAUCAAAUUCAUGGCAAACCCAUGGCUCAAACCUCAGAUGCAGAACAUUCAGCUCCAAGUAAUGUGAAAAAAACAGAAAUACAACACACUUGGAGCCAUUGUCGUAGCAAAUCUGUCAAAGUUUAAACAACAAAAGAGUGCGGAUUAACAACAACACGUGGUGUCCUGCUUUAUGAUUCUACGUUUGACAUUUAUAGGCUUUAAUUUGUCAUUUCUUUCCUCCUAUCGGUAAGAUAGUGUUCACAUCUGCACUUGUUUCACACUGUGCUCGUGAUGUAGCAAUUUAAUGCUGUGAUUUUUAGAAGUAGAAACUGGCAGACUUACAUCGGCCAGUCAAACUACUGAAGAGACUGAAACACAUUUUGUUUUCGACUAUUUGAAAUUCACCUCAUUGUCAAAAUAGUUUUCAUGUGUUUUUGUUUGCAGAUAUGUUUAGUAUGUUCAUAUUUUAGUUUGAGUAUUCAUCUCCCAUAGAGAAAUAGUCUAUGCAUUUGAAACAAAUAGCCAUCAAUUUAUGGAUUCUUGGGAGCUCUUGAGAAUACAUGAUUUAUUUUUGACUUUGUUCUGUGUGGAAAACUGUUUUUGGAUGGCUGUUGUAAAUGAUUGUUUUAUUUAAUGGUGUUUUUGUUGGCUAAGAGUGGACUUUUAUCACUCCUAAGUACUUCAUAUUUGUAGUAACAAGAGAAAAUGAAGAAAAAAUAAACACCCUUGGGGUCAAAGAGGAGUGAUGCUCCAGCAGGAGGCGUUAUUGAGCGAUCGUCAGGGAGCAUUUUUUUAUGCAAGCCCGAAUUUUGAUGCAAACCUACAGCCUAAACUUCAGUUUAUUUGUGACUACAAUAUGUAAACAUGUUUCAUAGUUAAUUAUGUUGGUAUCAGAAUCUCUAUUUUCACCAGUUCCACAUUUUGUCUGACUGUUCGAAUAUACAAAUAAAGUUGGUCAAUGUAGAUUUGUUAUUAUUACGAUGAUCAUUAUGCAUAUCUUUUACCAGGUGCCCUCUUUUUCAUAACAGGGGAUAAAUAUUGCUCUUAUGGGGCACUUUGUACUUAAUGAAAAUCAACAUGAGACACAAUCAUGCUAAUAAAUUCUACGUCAGUAUAUCUUUUAUCCUCUCGCAAACUACCGUUCACCAGAAGUGACUAAAUUAUUUAAUACUAAUCUUUUAAAGACCAUUUUCCAGCAUAUAAAUGGAUUACUUAAUUAUUACUUAAGUCUGGAAAGUUUCAUUCCAUUUGAGGGCUUGACAUUUCUGAAUUUGGACAUUUAAGUGAUCGUUUUGGUUAUGCUAGGUUCAGGUGGAUUUUGAUCUGUAGUUAAAUAAUCAUAAUCAUUUAAAAAUAUGGCCUUUUCCUUUGCUGCAGUUAACAGCUUCUACCAGUAGAUGGUAGGCAAUGUCAACAAAUAGAGGAGCCAUAUAGAAGAAAUGCUAUGUUACAAAUCCGACUCCUCAUGAUUUCUAUUACUGGCUCUUCGUGGGACAUACUACUCCAAUUCUUCUAAUCUUUUUAAACACCAAACCACAAAAAUGUUGCACUGAGUUUUCUUCUAUAAACUGCCCCCUUGUACGGAUUGGCACGAACACAAAGCAGCAAAUUAUGGAUGAGGCCUUUUUUCUCCAUCAAUAGACAGUAAUUUGCCUGCAGGCGUACUGAGACAUUAUCACACAUUGCAUGUAAAUCUUAAACUUAGUGAAACUAAAUACAAAGGUCACUUUUACCAGAAGGGCAUUUGAGUGUGUCUGUCAACAUAUGUGUAGCUGACCACAUCUGAUUCAAACCAAGAGGAGGAAAUAUGUUCUGUGAAAAAGGUUGUACUUGAAGCAACUGUUGUCUGGCAUAUCUAGCAUGUGUGUCUGUAUGUCCUUGUCACAACGUGUUUGUCAGUGGGUCGUGUUAUAUCUUGGUGCAGUGACAGCAUCAGUUAGCUGCCUGAGAGACAUCAGAUAUCAUGUUCUCAGCGCCACAAGCAAGAGGGCUCAGAGUCGGUGCCGGCCACAGGCUCUGAGAGUGGAUACUGUCAGCAGGCUCGGAGCAGGAGAAGAGCAGUGGCAUAUGUUCUCUGACAGAAAAACGCCCGACUGUUCUUCAGCAGAGAGGAGAGAUGGACUGGUGGCCAAUUGGAGUGACAGCUGUCAGGACAGACUGUGUGUGUGUGUGUGUG